UCCUUUAGGGGGUCCCCCCGUUGCCGUGCUGGCCUCAGCUGACUUUUUCCUUUUUACAGGAGCUGAAAGUCAAAGGAACUCACAGUUUUGUCACCAUGGAAGCGUUGCUGUAUAAGCCUAUAAACCGAGUUGCUCGAAGCACCAAUGUGUUACAAGAUCUGUUGAAGCACACGCCGACCGAUCACCCAGAUUACCCACUGCUCCAGGACGCCCUUCGGAUUUCCCAGAAUUUCCUCUCCAGCAUCAAUGAGGACAUCGAUCCUCGCAGAACGGCCGUCACUACCCCGAAAGGAGAGAACCGCCAGCUGGUCAAAGAUGGCUUCUUGGUGGAAGUUGCCGAAGGGUCUCGCAAGCUGCGCCACGUUUUCCUUUUCACGGACGUUUUGCUCUGCGCCAAGUUGAAGAAAACGGGCGUCGGGAAACACCAGCAGUACGAGUGCAAGUGGUACAUCCCUUUGGCGGAGCUGGUCUUCCCGUCCUUGGAAGAGUCCGACUUGUGUCCGCACGUCCAGGCCAUGCCGGACCACGACCUGGAAGACAUGAAAAUCAAGAUCUCCUCGAUGAAGAGCGAAGUGCAGAAGGAGAAGGCCAACAAAGGCCAGAGCCGAGCCAUGGAGCGCCUCAAGAAGAAAAUGUUCGACAACGAGUUUUGGUUGCUGCUCAACUCGCCGUCCAUCCCCUUGCGCAUCCACAACCGAAACGGCAAGAGCUACCUGUUCCUCCUGUCCUCGGACUACGAGCGGUCAGAGUGGAGGGAAGCAAUCCAGAAACUACAGAAGAAAGAUCUCCAGACCUUUGUGCUAAGUUCUGUGGAGCUGCAGUAUCUGAUGGGAUCCUGUUUCAAGCUACGGACCGUCCACAACAUUCCUCUGACCAGCAACACCGACGAUGACAAACUUCAAGGAAUGUGUGGCUUUUUACACGUCAUUCUCCACUCGGUCAAGGGUUUCAAGCAAUCUGCCAACCUCUACUGUACUCUGGAAGUGGACUCUUUCGGGUAUUUUGUCAGCAAAGCCAAAACACGAGUUUUCCGGGACACAACGGAGCCUCAGUGGAACGAGGAAUUUGAGAUCGAGCUGGAAGGCUCUCAGUAUCUGCGCAUCCUCUGCUACGAGAAAUGUUACGACAAGACCAAGCUCAACAAAGACAACAACGAAAUUGUCGAUCGGAUCGUGGGAAAGUGGCAAGUCCAGCUGGACCCCCAGACGGUGCAGACCAAGAACUGGCAGGUGGAUGUGAUCGAGAUGAACGGAGUGAAAGUAGAAUUUUCCAUGAAAUUCACCAGCCGGGAUAUGAGCCUCAAGAGGACCCCCUCGAAAAAGCAGACCGGGGUCUUUGGAGUCAAAAUCAGCGUGGUCACUAAGCGUGAGCGAUCCAAGAUCCCGUACGUCGUGCGCCAGUGUGUGGAGGAGGUAGAGAAACGGGGCAUUGACGAAGUCGGCAUCUACCGGAUCUCAGGGGUGGCCACCGACAUCCAGGCCUUGAAAGCUGCCUUUGAUUCCAACAGCAAAGAUAUCCUGGUGAUGCUGAGCGACAUGGAUAUCAACGCCAUCGCGGGGACCCUGAAGCUGUACUUCCGCGAACUGCCGGAGCCCCUCCUGACAGAUCGGCUCUAUCCAACUUUUAUGCAAGGCAUCGCGUUAUCGGACCCCUCGGCCAAGGAAAACUGCAUGCUGCAUCUUCUACGCUCCCUCCCAGACCCCAACCUCAUCACCUUCCUCUUCCUCCUAGAACACUUAAAAAGGGUUGCCGAGAAGGAGCCCGUCAACAAAAUGUCCCUACACAAUCUGGCCACCGUCUUCGGCCCGACGUUGUUGAGACCCUCAGAAGUGGAGAACAAAGGCCACGUCACUUUGGCCUCGGACAUCUGGUCGCACGACGUGAUGGCGCAGGUCCAGGUGCUGCUGUACUAUUUGCAACACCCGCCCAUCUCCUUCGCCGAGCUGAAGCACAACGCGCUCUACCUAUCCACGGAUGUGUAGUGGCGGGCAGUUCCGCAGCCGUGAUCACCGUCUCCCGUUUUUUUCGAAGCGGAAGGAAGGAUCCUCGGGCAGAGGCGGCUUCUGGGACGCUGACCCCCCCCUCACCCCCAUUCCCUAAGGAGGGCUUUGGGCUCUUCGGGGAGGGGGCAAUUCUGCCCGCUGCAGCCCCCCCCCCCCCACCCCCGGAUUGUUUUGUACAAGUCUUUUCCCAGCUCCUCCCUCAGCUCCCUCUCCCUCCGAGGAGUCCAGCUCUUUGUUUUCUGCACAAGAGUUGACUUUCUGCACCCUGAGACGGGCCGGAGUCGUUCGGACACAACGUCCCUUUGGGCCGCGGAAAGGAAGCGAGUCGUGGACAAGGGAUCGGGACCCCGGCCUUGAACGGACGUCCUGCGCUUUUUCCCAGAACGUUGUCAUCUUCUGGGUUGCACCGGGCGCUCAAGCAGCCAAGCCUCUCCUGUCCUCUCCCUCGCGGUCUGCAUCAAGGCUUCUUCUCUUUUGCUCCGUCCUUGGCUGUUGCAUGAAUGGUACUUUGAUUUUGCUCCUUCCUUCCUUCCUUCCUUCCUUCCUUCUUCUCCUUCUUCCGUUCUCCUUCCCUUCGUUUCCUUCUCCUUUUCUCCUUUUCCUUCUCCCAUUCUCCUUCUUCCCUUCUUUUCCUUCUCCCUCUUCCCUUUUUUCUUCUCCUCUUCACCUUCCCCCUUUCCUUCUCCUUCUCCCUCUUCCCUUUCUUCUUCCUUUCUUCUCCUUCUCCCUCUUCCCUUCUCCCGCUUCCCUUUUUUCUUCUCCUCUUCACCUUCUCCCUCUCCUUUUUCUUCUCCCUCCUUCCCCUCCUUCUCCUUUUCCUUCUCCUUCUCCUUUUCCUUCUUCUCUUCUUUCAUCUUCCUUCUUUUCUCCUUUCCCUGGUUCUGUUCUCCUUCUUCCCUUCUCCUCCCUCUUCUCUUCUUCUUCAGCCUUUCCUUCUUCUCCCUCUUCUCUUUUCCUUCUCUAACCUUCUCUUCUCCUUCUCAGUUCUGUUCUCCUGCUUCCCUUCUCCUUCCUUCUCUUCUUUUUCCUUCUUCUCUUCUUUCCUUUUCCUUCCUUCUCUUCUCUUUCCUUCUUCUCUUCUCUUUCCUUCUCCUUCCUUCUCUUCUUUUUCCUUCUCUUCUCUUUCCUUCUCCUUCCUUCCUUCCCUUCCCUUCUUCUCUUCUCUUUCCUUCUCCUUCCUUCUCUUCUUUUUCCUUCUCUUCUCUUUCCUUCUCCUUCCUUCCUUCCCUUCCCUUCUUCUCUUCUCUUUCCUUCUUCUUCCUUCUCUUCUUUUUCCUUCUUCUCUUCUCUUUCCUUCUCCUUCCUUCUCUUCUUUUUCCUUCUUCUCUUUUCUCUCCUUCUCCGUCCUUCCCUUCCCUUCCCUUCUUCUCUUCUCUUUCCUUCUUCUUUCUCCUCUCUUCUCCUGCCCCUUUCGCUCAGUUGUCUUGGCUGGUGGGUCCGGAGCCUGACCUCAGUGCUCUCUUCCUCCGUCAAGGCGAGCUGUAAGGUGUCAAAUGAUGGUCUCAAGGAGGCCUAGUCUGAUCCUGGUUUCUAUCCCGGGUUAUUUUUUAGAAUAUUUUUGUGUGAGGGGCAGGUGCGUGCUUCGUCCUGCCAUUCUCAUCCGUCGGCUUUGUGGCUGCUGAGCGCGGCCAAUGCUUAGCCCCCGGAGCUCAUCCUGGAAGGUACUCUUACGACGGCCGCAGAAUGAAGAGACGGUGGCUUUCCUUGCUAGCCUUAGUCGUGCUGGAUGUGGUGUGUUUGUGUGAGUGUGUGUUUGUGUGCGUGUGUGCGUGUGAUGAACAUGUGUGUUUUGUGUGCAAGAAAGAAAAGCCGAUCCAGAUCUGUUGCUCCCUCCUGAAAAUACUUUAGCGAGUUGCUUGGAGAUCACUCGGCCUUCGUCCCAAUAAUACAAAAUAGGAUUUAUGGAGGCAACUGAAAUUCAGGAAAAUUCAGGCCGGCUGAGAAGCUGACUCAGGAGGAUGGGAAGAGGUUGGGGGGAUGGGGGGGGGCUUUUGCUGAACCCCAACUCGGCUGCCCAAAAGGUGUUUUCGGGCUGGCCUCUACAAUUCUUCCAGCCGAAGCUGCCCCCCCCCCAACAUCGGUGCUUAAAUCUGGCCACGGUGCAAAGCGGAUAUCGUCUUAUCCAGCACAGCUGAUGGGGGGGCUAUCGAGAAAAGAGUUUUAUUCACCCCCCCAUUUUUUAAAAAAUUUGAUUUAUAUGCCGCCUUUUCUCUGGAGACUCAGGGCGGCUUACAAUGUGUUAAGCAAUAGCCUUCAUACUUUUGUAUAUUUAUACGAAGUCAGCUUAUUGCCCCCACAAACCGGGUCCUCAUUUUACCCACCUUAGAAAGGAUGGAAGGCUGAGUCAACCUUGAGCCUUGGCGAGAUUCGAACCUGCAGUAAUUGCAGGCAGCUGGUCUUAAUAACAGGGUGCUUUAGACCACUGUACUACCAAGGCUCCUUUUAAGAAUUUGGCUGCCUUUUCUCUCUCUCUCUCCAGGCCAUGCAAAGAGACAAUCAGAAAAACCCCAAAAAAAUCUUUCCCCUGAAAUGCAGCAAAACAAAAUAUACGCCCCCAACUUCAAACAAACAAACAAAACCAGGUCUCCCCAAACAAACCAGGAUCAGAAACAACGGAGCAGCCCGGGAACUGGGUUUUGCAGGUCCGUAAGGGGUGCUGUUUUGAACCCCGAAUCCAUUUGUUCGGUUCUAAGGACCCAAGGAGGGGAUAGAAAACGGAGCAACGACCCCAUGAACUAUAAUUUGAUUUUAUUUUUAAUUGUAAGCUGCAUGGAAUCCCCUGUGUGGGGACCAGGAGUCCAUAUAAAUUUGUUAGUAGCUAAAUGCAGGUAGUCCUCGACUUACGACCUCAAUGGAGCGAGGCCAACAUUCCUGCUGCUAAGUGAGACAUUAGUUAAGGGAGUUCUCCCCUCCCCCCCCCCCGUUUAACCACCAUUCUUGCUGCGGUUAUUUAAGUGAACCACUGCAGCUGUGAAAAUAGUAAGGCGGUCGUUGAGCGAAUCUGGCUUCCUUGCCGAGACUUUGCUUUGAGGUCGCAAAAGGGGAUCGCAUGACCCCCGGGGAAACAUUGCCGCCGUCAUAAAUAUGAGUCAGGGGCCGUGGGGAGGCUGCAACGGUCGUCAGUGGUGAAAAACUGGUUGUUUCAGUACCGUUGAAACUUUGAACGGUCGCUAAAUGAAACUGUUGUAAGUCAAGGACUAGCUGUAUCCCUGGGGUGCCCGGCAUCUUCCAAUAUCUCAGGGGCUGCCCCAAAGAAGAGGGAGUCAAGCUGUGGGCAGGAGGGCAGGAAGGCAGGACAAGAAGCAACGGGUGGAAACUAAUCAAGGAGAGAAGCAACUUGGAACUAAGGAGAAAUUUCCUGACAGUGAGAACAAUUAGCCAGUGGAACUACUUGCCACCAGUAGCUGUAAAUGUUUUUAAGAAGAUGUUGGAUAACCAUUGGUCUGAAGUGGUGUACGGUUUCCUGCCGGAGCAGGGCGUUGGACUAGAAGACCUCCAAGGCCCCUUCCAACUCUGUUAUUCUAUUUUGCCCUCAAAAGGGAAGGUGACGACGUAUCGCCAUAUUCAGGGACCAAAUAUAUCUGACUUUCUUUGGUGGCUGAGUUGCACUGCUGGCUGUUUAGCUAUUGCAGGGGGGUCCUCGACUUACGACCGCAAUUGGGAGCAGAAUGUUCAGCUGUUAAGCGAGUUGUGCAAAAUUUGAAACCCCCCCCCUUUUUUUUUUCCAUGGUGGUUAAGCCAAUCAAUGCCGCUGUUAAGUGAAUAGUGCAGUCGUUAAGCGAAUCCAGUCCCCCCCCCAAAAUUGGCUCUGCUUGUAAGAAACAUGCUGGGAAGGUCACAGAGGAGGAUCAUGUGACCCCAGGAUGUAAAUAAUAUACCUGUUGCCUAAAUUUUGAUCACGAGGAUGCUGCAACGGUCGUAAGUGUGAGGAGCGGUCGUAAGUCCGCUUUCCCCCCCCCCCAGUUCUGUUGUCACUUCGAACAGUCGCUGAACGAAGCAUCGUUACGGUAUGUCUGAUGAUUGCACAGCAUUUCGUUCCUUUUUGACUACGAAGCCCCACGAUAGACAAAAAGUCACUUCUGAGAAAAAGACGUGAAACGUUUUUCUCUCCCCUGUUGUGUUGUACACAACUUGUCCCGUUUUUUUGGGGGGGUUCCCCAGAAAAAGUGGGAGGCAGGGAGAAGAAACUGGGGGGCUCCGGGAGCUACGACUGGCCGAGAAACGUUUUUUUUUUUGAGCGAUAUCGAAAAUUCAGAAAUAUAUACACAAACAAACACAAGAGACACGGAUGUGCGUGCGUGUUUUUGCAAGAUUACGUGUAUGUGUGCGUGGUUCUGUUGUUCUGUUGCGGGUUUCUUUCUUCCUUCCCCCCCCCCCCCCCUGUAGAUGACAAACUUCGAUGGAUGAAAAAAAAAGAGAAAAAAAAAAACUAUGUCAAAAGAUGAAAAGAUGUUAAUAAUAAACGCAGAGGCCAUACACGUUUGCAUACGUGA